AUGACCAGAGAGCCGGCCUGGAACGAGCUGCUCCUGCAGAGCGAGCAGCUCAUUCGCCAGCAAGACCAGGGGCUCCCACUGCGCAUCGAGAGGGACAUCCGCCAGGUGGAGCAGUUUUCCCAGCGGCUGCGCGCAAAGUCGAUCCGACCGGGAGGCUCUGACUACCUGCAGGAUGCCGAUCGACUCCUGGCACAGGAGGGAUUGGACCCCGCGCUGCUGCGCCGCACGAUGCAGAGCUAUGAGCUCAAGCCUCGGCCCGAGGACCUGCUGGCGCCGGAGGCUGCGCACAGCGUGGGCCACUAUGUGGAGCGCGUGGGCCAGGCCCUCACCGUGGCCGGCCUACAGACCUCCCUGCGCGGGACCAGCCUGGCCUUUGACAGCUACAUGGACGAGCGCAUGGAGGCACGGUGGCAACAGGAGCGGGAGGCCCUGUUUGAGUGGACAGCGCCCUACAGCCUCCCUGCCCUGCCCCUCGUCGGGCCUGGGGCGCGUGGCUCUGCCGCGGAGCGGACACCGCUGGGGUCGGUGGCCAGCGGCGGUGCGGCCCGCCUGCGUGGCAGGGCCGCGCAGUACGCUGAGGUGGCGCGGCGCCUGAACCGGGCGCGCGCCGCGGGGGAGGAGUUCCCCCUCGCGGCCGAGCUGGGGGCAGCGUGCCAGGCCGAACCUGGCGGCACGGAGCGACGCACCAGCAUGGCACGCGUCUGGAAGGUCCUGGGCAGCCUCCUCCCGGCGGCGCAGGGGGUCCCGGUAACAGCCCCCUCCCGCCGAGCGGACGCCUUGGUCCAGGCGGCCAGGCGCUGCCUGGAGGAGGAAUUCGAGGCGCACAUGCAGCUCACAAUCCGGAAUCACAGGAGCAAGGCUGCCCUGGGCGCCUCGCCCUCCAAACUGGCGCUGAUCAACGCCUACCUGCGAGUCAGCCUGGGCAGUCGGGAGCAGCUGGAUUUUGAUGAGCCUGGGGGCAUGGACACCACGUGGCACCGCAUCUACACGGCCUUACGUGCCGGCCUGACGGCCGAGGCGCAGCAGGCAAGGGCUAGGCAUAGGGGCCGCCGGUGUUGGCGGGUGGUGAACCCUGAUUCCAGGGUGGCGGCAACUUCCCGCACACUGGCCGGCUCUCGGUCCACGGCCUCCGCCUUCCCCGCCGCGCUCAAGGAGUGGGUGGAGGGCGGGCGCCGCCCCCUCACGGGAGCGACGGGUUCGUCCAUCACCUCCGAGGCGGAGCGCCUGCUGCGUGACCGCGGCCUGCGCGCCCGGGGAGGGUCCUCCUUCGGGCACAGGCUGGCGUGCUAUGCCCUGCUCUCCGGGCACGCCCCUGCCGCCGACGUGCUGGGCCAGAUCUCCCCGCCGGUGCUGCCGACCAUCGAGGACUUCCUGUGGCUGCGCCUGGGUUUGGUCGUGGUGGGAGGUUCCAGCCAGAGCCUGGGGUCAGGCUCGCAGCAGGGGGAGGUGUACGGCCUGCGGGACCUACAGCAGUACCUGCAGCAGUACCCCUCCUCCCACUACUCGCACGCCGGGCGCGAGCCGCUGCAGUACGUCCUGGUCCUGGUGCUGACCCAGCAGUGGACCGAGGCGGCGGCGUACCUGGCCCAGGACCCGGCGGCGCGCGACCUGCGUGUCGACGCCGUCUACUUCUGCGUGGCGCUGACGCAGGUGGGGCUGCUGCGCGACGGCGCCGAGGACGCCACGCUGGCCGAGGGCGCCGUGCUGGCGGGGCGGCUGGUGCACCGCUACGCCCGCGAGUUCCUGCCCGUGGACGCGGAGCUGGCGCUGGAGCACUACAUGCUGGCCGCCGAUGCCAUGGGCGGGUCGCUGGAGGUGCGUGGCCGCCUGCUGCGCGAGCUCCUGGUCGAGUCUCGCGCGUUUGGCCUGCUGCUCGGCUCGGGGGGCGGCGGCACGGGAACCGGCGCCCUCGCCGCGUUCUUCCCGGACGCCGCGGCGCGCGGCGCGGCGGAGGAGGCGGUGGAGCUGUACAUGUUCUGCGGGCGCUUCGCGGCGGCCCUGGACGCCGACUUCCGGCACCUCAGCCUGCUUGCGGCGGGGCUGGAGUGA